GAUUCAUUCCCAAAUGCUAUUUACUCAGUAAUUUAGAGCGUAUUGCUCCACUCCUUAACGUGUGUGUCCAGUCCAUGGAGAAAAUGAGGAAAUUGGUGAACCAAAUAGCGUAUACACCCCCACAUGAAAGGCUCCGUACACUUUCACCCCUCCAACUUUCUCUCAUACCUCUUCUAUCACUAGCUUCCACUCUCUAUGCCUUCGCACUUCCCAUACGUCAUCGCUUUUACCAACUUGGUUUGCUUCACAAAAACAGGUUGCCGGUGCCAGUGAUUAGUGUUGGGAAUUUAACUUGGGGAGGUAAUGGGAAGACUCCAAUGGUUGAGUUUCUUGCUGUUUGGUUGGCUAAUGCUGGAAUUUCACCUCUGAUUCUAACAAGGGGUUAUGGUGGCGCAGAUGAAGCAAAAAUGCUUCAAAGGCAUCUGUAUGGAACACCCGUGAAGAUAGGCAUAGGUGCAAACAGGGCCGGUACAGCUUCCUGUUUUCUGAAAAGAUAUGGCCAUAUCAGCCCUUGCAAGCAUGGUGACACGGAUUUGGAGAGACUUUUGUCUGAUAACAAAAAAGGAAAUAGUUCUUAUUCUGACCAAAUUGGGAUUUCAAUCCUAGACGAUGGAAUGCAGCAUAUCAGUUUGUGGCGUGACGUCGAGAUUGUGAUGGUGAAUGCAAUGAUUCCGUGGGGGAACCAUCAGUUAAUUCCACUUGGACCAUUAAGGGAACCUUUGGCCGCACUCACACGUGCAGAUAUAGUUGUAAUCCAUCAUGCAGACUUGGUCUCAGAAAAGGACAUUGAUGCCAUAGCAUCAGAAAUUCGAAAAGUAAAAAAAUCUCUUCCUAUAUUCUUGAGCACAUUGGCGCCUUUAUACUUUCUUAAAGCUGGCAACAUGUCAUGCAAAUUGGUUUUGAUGAACAUCCGUAAUACACUUGUCUUAUGUGUCUCUGCAAUUGGAUCUGCUGAUUCUUUUGUUGAGAGGAUAAAGAAGUUGGGGCCAGCGUAUGUUGAUCGGCUGGACUUCAGUGACCAUCAUUCGUUUCAAGCUAAGGAUAUUGACAUGAUCAAAACAAGACUUCGGAAUCUUCAAUCAGAGUUUGCUAUGAAGCCUUUUGUUGUUGUAACAGAAAAGUUCUUGAUUUGCCAGGACUAUGAUAGAUCUCCUGAGAUUCUCAAGUAUUUAGAUCCACAUGAAGUGUUGGUUCUUUGCUCCAGCUUGCAAAUUCUACCUCAUAAAGGAAACACAGAAGAUAGCUUUAAGAAAUGUCUGUGGCAGCAUUUGGAAGUAAGCGACAAGGUGCAAAAUAUGGUAUAACACUUCCUUUGAAGGUCAUAUAAGCUUCAAUGCUUACUUACAGAUGAAUUUGUGAUCUUUAAAAGAUGUGACUGAGGUGACUUUUACACGGAGAGCUUGCACUAAGAUAUGCUACACACAAUUCAUAAGAUUUUGUCGGAUAAAUGGAGUUACAGUACCAGAAAAUGGUGGGAGGACAGUAACAAAAGGAAGUAUUUCUCGUCAAGUAUGCACAAGGUAGACCACUUGCCUCCACACCUUACAUCAUCGUCAUGGUUAAAUGAAGUUAGAGCUAUACCACUAGAGCUAUAAGGUACACCGGGAUAACCGAUUGGAAGCAUUGGAAGUGGAAUCCUCUGGUUUAUAUCUGGCUAGAAUUCUGUAAGACUUGGUUAUUUUGCCUUCUCUUGCUGCUAGAUGUAGCGUCGUUUGCCAUUUUUCAACAUCUACUAGGUCAUAAGAUGGAAUAGCCUUGUGGAUUAUGUAUAAGCUCAUUGGUUUUGAAGUACAGAGCUUCAUCUAUAAAACUAAGGUCAAGCUUGUAUUUCAUCAUUGAAGAAGAAACACAUAUAUUCUUGAUUACCUUAAUUCCAGUUUGAAGGCAAGGUCUUCCAAUGUAAAUACUCGUCGUCGUCGUCCAGCAAAUGUGGCGAUGAUCCUGUAGUUGACUAUUAUCUAAAGUGUACUAGUAUCUAGUUAGCAUUAAUUCUCAAUUUAAAGCCCUUUCUUUGUA